UUGGCAGCUAUUGAGAACAGUGCUGCCAAAGGUUGUCCGAGGGAGAACAGUGUGAGUGUGUGUGUGAGAGAGAGAGUGGGAGAGAAAUGUUUUCAAAUUGUUUUCUGGAUGUACUGUAUAUCUUUUCCUUCUGUCAAAUGUUCGGAUCCAUUUUUGUAAUCGUGUGUGUGUGUGAGUGUGUGUGUGUGUGUUUCUAGCUUUGUGUGCAAGAGAGACUACAGAGAUGUUUGCACAUAGCUACACUGACCUGAAUGUUUUUCCUUCCCUCACAAAUGCAAAUCAAUUUAUGUGAUUCCACAUAUGCCUGUAUGUGAACAAAUCCACAUCCAUUUUCUUAAACAUUCUGGUAUGUUGUUUUGAGCGACCACAAAAAGCGUAUCCUGCCAUGUAGCAAAACAUUGUUAAGAACCGAAUGUUUAGAUUGGAGAACAGAAUAUUCUGUGGGGGGAAGUAAUCCCAUCAAAAAUCUUACCAGUGAUGGACAACAAUCACAUCAACACUGCUGUGUGUGGUUAAACCAGCAUUAGCAUAGAGAUUAAUUCAAGGUUUGUACUCUACACAAAAGAUGAGUUGAGAUUACACCUGAGAAAAACGACAGCAAACAAAACUGUGAUGACAAAGACACGUCAUUUCUGUGAUCCCAAAUAGGAAAUAAAAUGCAUAGUUGUAGAUAGAACAUGAAAUACAGGAGUAAUUUAUCCAAAGCUUUUAUCCAAAGCUCAUAUAACCCACUCUUCUUUAAGAAUAAGAGUAGUUUGUGUACAAUGUAUGAUACAAAAGUGUACUGGAUGGAUUGCCACUGGAGAACUAAAACAAUAGUACUGUCAUCCAGUCCAUGUGGAUGGCAGAAGCUGUUCAACAGCAGAGAUCAGGUCAAGGGUGAGGUUGAUUUAGGUAACUGCCACUCAUUUGUGCCACCUAGUGUUCAAAAAGACAAGCUUCAGGUCACCGAUCUCUGUCAGCAUCUGUAAAUGAAAGUGAAACAGAAAAGACAAAAACACAAUAUCCAAGUUUUUGUCUUUGAAUACUUUGUUAAUAUUAGUAUAACAUUGAAUACAAUGUUUCUUGUAGAAUUCAAUCAAUGUGAAUGAUCUCUUGUGCUAACAAAAUCCCCCUUGGAAUGGAAUACUACCAGACAGAUGGCGGGAAGUCUGAGAAAUACAGAAACUGGUUGAAUAAAAACAAAUAAGGAACUGAGUAAACACAUCGUAACCAUAAUCACAAUUCUAUGUUGGACAGGGUCACUGUGCACUUUUGUCUGAUACUCAUAUUUGGCUGAUCGGUCAGUACCCUAAAAGGGUAGGUCAUGACAAACUGCUUUGGUCUUUUUGCUCUCAGGCUCCACAAGCAAUUAUCCCAACCAUUUGCCGAUUGACUGCACAGUGAAGUUGGGGACCUCUUCUUCUACAGAUGUGCCAACAGGAAUCCUCUAAUGGCUGUUGACUGACUUGGUGGUGGAUGCCGGACAAGAAGAGAAGGGUGGGGACCACCUUAGUCUCACAUGAUUGGUCACUGGAUGGAAUUGAGGUGAACGGAACCCAUGCCCAACGAAGAGGACUCAAACCUAUCAGAGGGAGAUGAGAAAGGGUGGUCUAAUGGUCUGAAGAGGACUAGGAAGAACCGCCAAUGUUCGGCCAAGAGUAUGUCUGCGCUGAGCAUCUCUAUCCCAGGGUACAUUCCCAGCUACCUGGAGAAGGAUGAGCCGUGUGUGGUGUGUGGGGAUAAGGCCACGGGCUACCAUUACCGCUGCAUCACCUGCGAGGGCUGCAAGGGUUUUUUCCGGCGUACCAUCCAGAAGAACCUGCACCCAGCGUACUCCUGCAAGUAUGACAGCUCCUGCAUCAUCGACAAGAUCACCCGCAACCAGUGCCAGCUGUGCCGCUUCAAGAAGUGUAUCGCAGUGGGCAUGGCCAUGGACCUGGUGUUGGACGACAGUAAACGCGUGGCCAAGCGGCGUCUGAUCGAGGAGAACCGCGAGAAGCGUAAGAAGGACGAGCUGGUACGGACGCUUCAGACCCGGCCGGAGCCCACGGACUCGGAGUGGGAGCUCAUCCACCUGGUGACCGAGGCCCACCGAGACACCAACGCCCAGGGCUCCCAAUGGAAGCAAAGUAGGAAGUUUCUGCCCGAGGACAUUGGCCAGUCCCCGGUAGCCACCACACCGGACGGCGACAAAGUGGACCUCGAAGCCUUCAGCGAGUUUACCAAGAUCAUAACCCCCGCCAUCACCCGAGUGGUUGACUUUGCCAAAAAGCUCCCCAUGUUCUCCGAGCUCCCAUGCGAGGACCAAAUCAUCUUGCUGAAAGGCUGCUGUAUGGAGAUCAUGUCCCUGCGGGCAGCAGUGCGCUACGACCCCGAAAGCGAGACGCUGACGCUGAGCGGGGAGAUGGCCGUCAAGCGCGAGCAGCUGAAGAACGGCGGGCUGGGCGUGGUGUCGGACGCCAUCUUCGACCUCGGCAAGAGUCUGGCACAGUUCAGCCUGGACGACUCAGAGGUGGCCCUGCUGCAGGCCGUGCUGCUCAUGAGCUCAGACCGCGCAGGCGUGACGAGCGUGGAGAAGAUCGAGGCGUGCCAGGAGAAGUACCUGCUGGCGUUCGAACACUACAUCAACCACCGCAAGCACAACAUGGCCCACUACUGGCCCAAGCUGCUGAUGAAGGUGACGGACCUGCGCAUGAUCGGGGCCUGCCACGCCAGCCGCUUCCUCCACAUGAAGGUGGAGUGCCCCAACGAACUCUUCCCCCCGCUCUUCCUGGAGGUCUUCGAGGACCAGGAAGUUUGAUCCAGAGGAAGAGGAGGAAGAAGAAGAAGAUAACGAGGAGGAAAGGAUGGGGUUGGGGGGUGGGAGGGGUGGGGUGGGGUCAAAGUUCUACGGAGGAACAGUGAAUAAGACGGGGGGAUUUUUUUUUACGGUCUCCUUUCGCUCUUUCCGUUUAGCCAAACGAGACUGCUGACGCCAGACACAGUGUUGAUGCCACCCUGUUCUUGCUGUAACUUGGACAGCUCUGAAGUGCAACCUUCAAGACUCCUCUCUCUCUCUCUCUCACUCUCUCUUGUAGUCCGUGCCCCUUUGCUGGGAAAGCCAAGCUUUCCUUUGACCAGAGAAGCUAGCAUCCGUGAACCUACCUCCCAAUUUACCUACUUACCUCCAAGCAUUACUCUUGGGUGAUUUUUAAAAAUGCUUAGAUUUUAAGGUGCAAAAAACAAACAAAAAAAAACAAACAUACACCUCAGUACUUGGGUCAAUCUGUGAAAUCUACUUUCUCAAAUUCAAGCCCACGUGUACGGGAUGCUAAUUGUUUCUACAGGAAUGUACAACACACACUCACAGCAGCAUGGGUCUCAUUUGAGCCCUCCUUUUUUUUCCUAAGUGUAGGAUCUGAUCUAGUCGACAUUUCAACCUCUUUAAUGCAGUCUUUUAAUGGACCUUGGUCAUCUGUACACGUGAGUGUUCCGCUCGCCGUACAGACAUAUCGACAUGACUGCAGACAGCUCAUCACUCCCAUAUUACCUCAUCAGUGUACCUGAACACAAGCACACUAGUGUGCUUUACAUCUGUAUACACACACACAUACACACACACACACACUCACAGUCUACCUGUUGUCCUUUAUCCCCAUGUAUACUACACAUGCCCAUGUCAAUGUGCAAACAACACCUACCCUCAUACCUCAUUAGCUGUAUAGAUAUCAACACACUCUUAUCUACCUUGUAUCCACACCAUUCUACCUGUUCUCUGUAUGUCAGUCACUGACAGACGCCAGCGAAGUCGCUUGUGUCUGUGAGCUCAUCUCCUAGUUAGGCCUCUCCAUUCGAGAGGCGGGUCUGUUGCGAUGCACCACACAACCCGAACACCUCAGCUAGCACUGUGACGCCUCUGAGCCUGCACAGCCUAAUGCCCUUCUUGUGCCUGUGGGCAUCAGUGCAUCAGUGCAGAGACACUGAGCGACACCUCGGUGCACCAGCGAAGGAUUUACAAGGAGAGGGAUGCACUGGUGCUACAUCAAUGACUACAAUUGAAAAUUGAAUAGGAAAUAUUGAGUUGAAUAGACAAGUUUCAACCCCCGCAUAGAGUUUCAAUUAGAUUGGUGAAAAUGUGUCGUUAUGUUUUUGUUAUGUUUUGAAAAAUUCGUUGAGUGUGUUUAGAGUUAGGGAAUCGUCUGGGUGACAGUGGAUAGAGUAAAAUGUGUGUGUGUGCCCAGAGAGAAAAGAGUGGCAGAGUUGCAUACCUGAAGGUGCACAGCUUGUGAUAUCACUUUCACACACACACACACACACACACACACACACACACACACACACACACACACA